AUGGCUCUGCCAUGGAAAACAUAUCCACCAAAUCUGCCAAACAACCGAGUUCAAGCCGAAAGUCGACUUCAGCUCUUGAGGAAACGAUUGCGGAAAAAUCCAGAUCUGCACACCAAGUAUAAGGGAUUCAUGUCUAAUCUCUUAACCAACAAUCAUGCAAGCAAGGUUGUUGAUCAUAAUGGUGGUCCGAAAGGAAUGGAUUGGUAUCUUCCUCAUCACCCGGUAUUCCAUCCUCAAAAACCUGAUAAAGUCCGAGUGGUCUUCGAUUGCUCUGCAAAGUAUAACGAUACCUUGAAUGACCAGCUGUUACAGGGGCCGGACCUUACCAAUUCACUCAUAGGCGUACUAACUCGUUUCCGGCAAGAAGCCGUGGCAUUCAUAUCCGACAUUGAAGCCAUGUUUUAUCAAGUACGCGUAAGACCAAGCGACCGCAAUGCAUUACGUUUUCUAUGGUGGCCGAACGGCGACUUGGAUAAACCACCUGAAGAAUAUCGAAUGAAUGUGCACCUAUUCGGCGGCGCAUCAAGUCCAAGUUGCGCUAACUAUGCGCUGAAGAAAACGGCAACAGAUAACGUUGAUCAUUUUGAUGAGAAAACUGUUGAGACCGUUCGACGCAAUUUCUACGUAGAUGAUUGUCUAAAAUCAGUCGCUGACGAAAACGAAGCCGUCAAACUCGCAAAGGAUUUACGAGAUAUGCUCGCGCGGGGUGGCUUCAAACUCACGAAGUGGGUUUCCAACUCAAAGAAAGUUCUAGAAUCGGUACCAGAAUCUGAAAGAGCGGCAAAAGUAAAGAACCUAGAUUUCGAUCAAACCUCCAUCGAAAGAGCUCUUGGUGUCGGGUGGAAUGUGUCAUCCGACACAUUUGGCUUCUCAGUCGUUAUCAAGGAUCGACCCUCGACUAGGAGAGGUAUACUUUCGGUCGUUAGUUCUGUCUACGACCCUUUGGGUUUUGCUGCUCCUUUCAUACUAAUUGCAAAACUGAUUCUGCAAGAUCUUUGUCGCUCGAAGCUCGAUUGGGAUGACCAGAUCCCUGAAGAACAUCUAAACCGUUGGCAAGCGUGGCUGAUUGAUCUUCCUAACUUGGAAAAGUUAGCCAUUAAUCGUUGUUUUAAACCAAAAACUGCGAAUCAGUCAGGAAUCAACUCUAUUCAACUUCACCAUUUCUCUGAUGCUUCUCAGAAUGGAUACGGGGCAGUGACGUAUCUCAGGACAGAAAACAGCUCGGGUGAAGUGACGUGUUCAUUCGUCAUGGGAAAAUCAAGGCUAGCACCCAUUAAACCUGUAACGAUUCCACGAAUGGAACUGUCAGCUGCCGUUGUUUCAACGAAAUUAGAAAGAAUGGUAAAGAAUGAACUUACUCUACCUAUCGAUCAAUCGUAUUUCUGGACAGACAGUACAUGCGUUUUACGUUAUAUAGAAAAUACAGAGAAACGUUUUCAAACUUUCGUUGCUAAUCGAAUAGCUUCGAUACACGAUGCUUCUACACCCAAUCAGUGGAACUACGUUGACACUGAGUCGAAUCCUGCCGAUGACGCGUCGAGGGGAGUUUCAGCCAAUUCUCUACAACGUUGGAUUGAAGGUCCGGAUUUUUUGCGCAAAUCUACCGAAUCCUGGCCACAAAGACCAGCUGAACUAAGUUCAAACGUACCUGACGACGAUCUCGAGAUAAAGAAGAGCUCGGUUGUGUGUGCAAGCAAUUCACCGAAACCAGCGCAAGAACCGUCUGCGGAAAUAUUCCAAAGGUUUUCAUCCUGGACAAGAUUAAAAAGAGUGAUCGCAUGGAUGCUCCGCUUCAUCACAAACAUACGUCGCCGACAGCCGAAUCGAGCCACAGAUAUUCGAACUCUCCACUUUCCUUGA